AUGGUGCAUUCCGAACCCGAGGAACCCACAGGCUCAACGGCCGAGACACAGGCAAUGGGUGCGGAGGAGCCGAAACUAGGGCAUCCCUCUUCUCCCUCAAACGUCGAUGAACGAACCUCAACAACCGCCGACUUGAAGGGGAAAGCAGAUGAGUCAGACGAAAUAGAAUGGUGGCGGCGCAUCAAGACGGGGACCGAGGAGCCCAAGCAAACUGCAAAGUCUGACGACGCAGAUGAAGCAGGCGAGACCGAAGAAACAGAAGCCGAGACUCCCAAGAUGGCGCACGACUCAAUGGUCACUGUGAGGCUCUCUGAGCCGCCACCUCUGAGUCUCGAUACCAUGGCCGUCACACCCAACGCCGAACCCAUAACACCCACCUCGCCCAUUGCAGGAGAGACCUCAACAGAUGCCAACAACGACGGUCUCGAAAAGGAGAAAUAUACCGAAACUCGUGACAGUCUUAUGAGAAUACCUCGAGUCUCAGCACCUAUACAAUCACCAACCGACGCUAACCGUACUCUCCAAGACGAGCUCGGCCUGUAUGGUGUUGAUGGUAAUGAAACUGAUUCAUCCGAGGAUAACGAAGAAGUGAAUUGGGAGCAACUUGAAAAAACCGAGGACGAACAAAUGAAGGAUGAGGAAACGGACAAUUCCACUGCUCUUCUCCUGGCACGUCUGGAACAGGAAAAUGCAAAGCUGGCUACUAACCCGAAGAGUGUUAAAGUUCAGACUGUGGAAAAGCUUUCGUCAACCAAACCCAGGCCGCCGUCCAUGGCCCAACUGAGAAAGAUGGUCAGCGGCCCAACACCAGCUGCCCUACGAUAUUCGAUGUUACCCCCUCCCCCAAUGACCGAUUUGGAAUUUUAUGCGGCUCUUGUCAAGGAUUAUCAGCAAACGGCAGCUCGUCUGCCAACUCUUUUGUCUAACAAGAUUCGCAAGGGUAUCCCGCCUCCAUUGAGAGGCGUCGUAUGGCAGAGCAUGUCAGGUGCUCGUGACUCAGUUCUCGAGGAACAAUACGAACGUUUCUGUGGCGAAACUAGCCCAUAUGAGCUCCUCAUCGGCAAAGACCUCGGUCGAAGCUUCCCUGGAGUUGACAUGUUCCGUGACCCCGAUGGCGAUGGGCAACGCUACUGCCAGGGGCUGGCAUUUCUUGUUGGGCCUCUGUUAAUGCAUAUGCCCGACAAACAGGCGUUUUGCGUACUAGUUCGUCUCAUGGAGAAGUACGAUCUACGAGAAUGUUUCCUGCCUGACUUGUCUGGAUUACACGUUCGCAUAUACCAGUUUCGCGAACUUCUUCGACUGAAUUUGCCUGCGUUGGCUGAUCAUCUUGACGAACUCCAGGUGGAGACAGCAUAUGUUUCGCAAUGGUUUCUCAGCUUCUUUGCCGUGACAUGCCCUUUGCCGAUGCUAUUCCGAAUCUACGAUGUCAUCUUUGCUGAGGGGGCCUCUGAGACUUUGAUGCGUGUUGCACUAUCGCUCAUGAGAAAGAAUGAAACGCGCCUUCUGGCGUGUACAGAGCUGGAAGAUGUAAUGCAGCUUCUUCUAUCUCGAGGAUUGUGGGACUGCUACCACUACAACGCAGAUGAGUUUGUACAGGAUUUUGCCAGCUUAGGCGGCGUCGUCACCAGAGAGAGGUUGUCACAGCUAGCGCAAGCAUACAGGGAGUCCCUAGUUGCAACAGCCAAUGCUGCACGAAUGUCCGACAUUACGACUGCUGCCAGCCGUUUCCUUGGUCGCAUCUGGGCCGCGUCAAGCAAGAAUGGUAGCUUAGCCCCAGCUUCGACAACCGGCCCUGCUCGACCACUGAGUAUGCUCCGCCGCAGUACGUCCAAGCAAAGCAUAGCUUCGACGCUCAACUCCAUGGAAGCAAGCUCUGUAAGCGUUGUGAGCACCGCUUCCACGGAUGCAUCUACAAUCUCCCGAGACUCUGCAAAUGGUGAAGACGAGCCAUCAAGCCGAGAAUCGACCCCAGUUGGCCCGAAAACUCUGGCCAAUACCAAAACUACGGAGGAGAGAUAUCUACACAGUCAAAUCGAAGAUUUGUUGACGGCCCUAAGCGAAUUGCAGAGGAAUCACGCGCUUCUCUCUAAUCAGCUGCAAUCCGAACGGGAAGAGCGAGAGGAGGACAGAAAGACUGUUCGGUCACUGCUAGAUGGCUUGCGUAGAAGGGUAGUUGAUCAUGAUGUAGCGAAGGGCCAAGAAGAGAUAAUACCACCAUCGAGGACUGAGGAAGGAGAGCCUCCCAUCACCGGAAUGGAAGAUGAUGAUGCGACACCCACAAUAGAAGACCCGGUGCUGGAGCCAAAAUCCACAGCCGAGGACGAUUACAGCGAAGAUGCGCCGUCCACGGGAGACUUAUCCGAGCUUUUGGACAGGGUCGAGAGUCGCUUCGCGAUCGAUGACGGAAACGGAAAGCAUCGAUCGUCAAUGCUUCAAUCCAAGUCCCAGCUUCGUGAAGAGCUGCUCAACACCAAGGGCCAACUUGCCAGUGCUGUGUCGCACUCUCAAGAGCUUAGUCGCCGAAUACACGAAAUGGAUCAGGAACUCUCUGCUUUGAGGGAGCAACUACGCGAAAGACAUGGGCAUGUGAGGACGUUGCAUCAAGACAAACAGCGAUUGGAGAAGCAGAUUCAUGGUAUGAGAGCCAGAAUUUCCAGCAGCUCUAUAUCAGAGCCUAAUAAUCGAGAUGCCGAUCCGGAUUGGGUGGGGAAGGGCAAGAGUGGCGGCUUAAGGGAAUUUAAGCUUGGCCGAAGCAAAUCAACGCCGCAGACCCCUGGUUAUGGUAAAAGAAUCUCGUCUCUGCCCCAAAAUCCCGAGUCUGUACUUGCUGCGGGUUCAGGAGUCGCGACACCGCCAAAUGAACACGAGGCAUUACUUCUCGAGCUCGUCCAAGCCAAAACAGCUGAGGCGACAGCGAAGCAAGAGGCUGAAGAGGCUAAGCAAAAGCUGGAGGCUCUCCGAAAAGCACACGUUGUACCAUCAGAUUCUCAUGGUGCUUCACCUGGGUCGGCCUCUCUUGGGGUUUUCAGUCGACUUACCGGACAAGCAACGACGCCGCCUGCCGAAAAUACCCUUAAACCAACAGCAGCCACUGCUGGUACAUCCCCCAAUACAGGAGGAUUCUGGGGAUGGAGGAGAUGA